AUCUUCCUAAAACGAGCAUAGAUGAGGCACAACAAAGUGCAGAUCUUCUUAAAACGAGCAUAGAUGAGGCACAACAAAGUGCAGAUCUUCUUAAAAUGGGCACAGAUGAGGGACAACAAAGUGCAGAUCUUCCUAAAACGAGCACGGACGAGUCAGAGAGCACUUCUGAGCAAUCAAAGGACACCUCAGGCUCUGACCGUGGAACAUCAAGCACUAAAAAUCUGAAGAGGAUGUUUCCAUGCAAAACAUGUGGCAAAGAGUUUGUUCUGGAGAAGAGGCUAAAGAAACACUCAAGGAAACAUGUCGGACGUAGGUUGCAGGAUGAAAAGAAAAUGAGAAGAGAGCAAGCUCUAAUGGAAACGAAGCUUGAGGAACAAGAAAAAAGGAGAUCGGAGGAAAAAGAGAGGCUUGAUGAUAAGAUGUCAACAAGUAAUCACGACCCAAAUACUGCGCAGACGCCUCAAGCAUCCCCCAAAAAGGAGUCAUUACAAAAAAGCAGAAACAGAGGUCAAGGGCCACUACCCUGCCCAUUUUGUGGCAAAGUUUUUGCUUGGGAAAUGCGGCUAUUGAUGCAUAUGCAGAUUCAUUGUGGUGAGAAACCUUACGCCUAUCGGCAGCGCAAGAGACAUUUUUAUGGUGACCUGAAAAGGGGCCAGCUCCCGAAAAUCCAUAAUCAGGAGCCUUCAGGGGACAAAAGUGAGUCUGAAGAGUCUGAGUAUGAAGAGACGGUGAAUAAGGACAGAUCUGCACAUCUGAGCAGCAGUGCAACCCAUGCAGUGUCUGGAGCUCUAGCAAGCAGUAUUGAGACCACUGUACCAGAGUACUAUACUGGCAGCCCCGGCCUUUUACCUCAGAGAGCUAUUGAGCAGUCUACCACCUCUUACAAGAGUAAUCAAAGAACCAAACCCGAACUGGUCAGUGACAUCAUGAGCCACUUCAAUUUGCAGCCCAGGAUUGUUCUACAACCAAUUAUGACUGAAUACAAGUAUUGGAGCUCAGUGCCUCGGGUAGCUGACUUGAAAUCAGGUUGCUCUGAAAAAAGUAGUGGCUUUGAUCACAAACAAACCUCAUACUCAGUAUUGGUUGAUGAUGAAAUGGUGGAUGCUGUGGAAGAUAAAAUUGUGGAUUCCAAUCUUUGCACAUUGCCAUUGGACUUCUCUAGUCAUGGCAUCCAGAACAAGCCUGAAAUAUGCCUCACUGGUAAUCCUGAGACAGAAGUAGUCUUUGUGGAGGUUGGAUCUCCACAGCGUGAUUCGGAAGUAGAGCUUGACAACAUUGGGGGGCCACUGGCCUUUGAAUCCUCUGAGGGAAAAAAUGCGGAGAGUCAACAAAAAGAUGACCGCAACUCUAAUUUUCCUGGUGUUUCAGAAAAAACAGCCAGAAACCAGGUAUCACUUAUAGUAAUAGAUGACGAAGUAGAGCAGUCAAAUGCAAGAACUGCUGCUGAAAAUGCUCUGUCUGAAUGUGGAAGAACGAAGUGUGAUUGGAAGUGUGAUUGUAAGAACAUUUCUGCUAUGAAAUUAACAGUCAUGCCACAGAGUAGCGUUUUAGAAUCUUUGUUCAAGGAAACUAGUUCUGGCACCAUUCAGAAGAACAUUGACUCAAAAUUAGUUUGUGUUGUCCUCUCAGAUGUUGAAGACAAUGUUGAUGAAGAUGUGUUGAGUCCCUCCAAAGGUUUAGAUAAAAAGAAAACAGCCUCUGUUCCUAGCAUUCAAAAUGAACAAUUAGAUGUGGGGAGCAAAUCUGGCAAAAGUCCCUCCAGCAACUCCAACUUUCCAGCUCCAGAUGCAACUGAACCCACCAAAUCUAUUGAUGGUGCCUCACAACUUGAUCAGAGUAUCUCAAACGACCCACUCAGAGACCAGAUGGUCUUUACUGCCAUCAGACAAACAGAGGACAGGCCCAUGAGUUCAAAGGAGAGAAUAUCAUGUCAAACAUCUGAUACGGUAUUUGCUGGUCAAGAAUCUCUGUCGGAAGUUCAUGCUGACAAGAAACUGCUAGACAUGGAGAUUGUCAAUGGCGGGGAGAGAAAAAAUAAGAAACUGGGUCUGAACAACCAGAUGUCAGAAUCUGUUCUGGAUGAUUCAACUGACAACUUUGAAAUCUCAGGGACAAUUGAACCACCUGUACAAAAUGUGAAAACUUGUGAGUUACUUGUGAAAAGUUCUGAAGGAUUCGAAAUGCCUUUAUUCACAUCCCAUCAAACCUCUGAUGGUAGAUGCAAGACUGCAGUGAGCAGCGGAGAACAAAAAAAAGUAAAGCAAGCACUAUAUUGUCAGUUUUGUGAGAAGGCAUGUAGAAAGAUAGAACUGCACCUGAAGUGUGAUCACGCAAAAGAACCUGAAGUGGUAAAAGCUUUAAAUCUUGACACAGACUGUAAAGAAAGGAAACAGUUAUUGAGCAGUUUUGCUAUUAAAAAGAACUUCAACCAACCUAGAGAUUCUCGAAUCGAUUGUGAUGAAGAUAUUGUUCACUGCAUUUUUUGCCAUGAGUCUUUUGGAUGGAACAAAUUUCGGGAGCAUGCUCUUAUAUGUAAGCAUAGCAUGAAUCCAGCUGCAUCCAGCAAAACUCAGGAAAUGUUUGAUGCAGAAUUGGGAAAUCUUGCUCCAGACACUAUCGGCAUCUCCAGACCUUUAGAGCCAACUAAUGCUCCUGUGUCAAAUCUCUCAGAUUUACGUGAUCGCCCUAUACCAGAAACUAGGAUAUGUGAGGCGAAGGAGAACCAUACUUUAGUGUCAGAUCAUUCCCAAAUUCUAUGCACUAGUGACAGCCCAGCACAGAAGGUUUGUGAUCUGAAAUCCUCAAGCCCUCCUAAUCUUGACUCUUGCCAGAGUGCUGCUCCAAAAACCUAUUAUCCAGAAGUGAAGGGGCCAACUGUUUCUAACAUUGACGGCAGCAUAGCUCAAAUUGAUCUUGAUGCACAAUUAUUGAAGCCAUCUGGUCUAGAUUCUUGCCAAUGUUCUGCAAUAAAUCCUCCUUAUUUGGAAUCUUCAUUUAGUACAUCACGGAACCCUGAUGUGGAGAUACUUGAACCUCCCAUACUAGAUUCCUGUCAAGCAAUACAAGUCGUAGAAUCUACAGUUCCAACCCUUCCUUUUUCAAACAGUGGUUGCAAUGUUCUUCAGCAGUCCCUUAUAAAACAAUCAGAUCAUCUCCGACUUGUGAACCAACCAUUUUCUUCAGAUCCAGAGGUGUCUUGUGAUUUAGAACCUGAUGGUUAUUCUUCUUGUGAUACUGGGUGUUGUGACAGCCUUCAGCUCUCUUCAAAACCAAAGGUUCCUUCAAGUCCUGCACCCUUAAACUCUUCUUCAGAAUGCAAUGCAGAUUCAAAGUGUACUCUUAAGCUAGCUGUGUUUGAUGAUACGUAUUUGGGCAGUAAUGAGACAGAGCAAACCCAAGAUUCAGAUGUAGAAAGGAACAUCUUCAUGGUCUCAGGCAGCUCUGAUGUGCAUCUAGAACCUGAAAGUCGCCAUACUCCAGAUCCUAAUAGCUAUAACGUUGAACAAACCCAGUGUCAGCAGCCUGAAAGUAUUGAAAAUCCAGAUGCUGGCAGGAGUGGGAAUCAGCCAACAGCUGAUCUAGAAUUAAAGUCCGUUCCUUCUAUUCAAGAAAUCAAAUCCAGAGCCGUAGGACACAUGUCUUACCUUAAAUUCCAAGAGUGUGAUCUUCAAGAAGACCCUGAGAAGAUCACUGAUGAGAAUGGCAUUGAUUGUGCUGUUGAAGUUCAACAUGACUCAAGCAUAUCAGUGACAAGCAAGCAAAAGAGAAAAAGAGUCUACCAGAUCAGCCGUCUGAAAGAGGAGUCAAAGAAAAGUUGUCCAAGUUCUCAUUCUCAGGGUCCUGGAUGCCAAACCAAUUCCACUGAUGACAACUCCAGCGUAUUCAAGAUACAUCACUGCUUUUACUGCAAGCAGCCACAUUAUAGAAUGAUGGAUCAUCUUCAGUCAGUUCAUCCUAAUGAACCAGAGGUGGCAAAAGCUCUUACCUUUGACAAGAGCUCACAAGAAAGGAAACAACUUUUUAACCAUCUACAAACUAGGGGAAAUGUUCUACACAACACAAAUGUGGUUCAAAGUAGUAAACAAGAUUUAAAACCAUUUGGGAAGUUUGCACCGGAGUGCUCAUUUGAUGAUAGUGUUUAUUGCAUCUACUGUUUAGGGUUAUUUAACAAGAAGUCUUUUGCUUCGCAUUUAGAGCAGUGCAAGGGCAAAUCAACUCAAAGUGCUGAGGCUAGCUGUGGUGAAAUGCUUCCUGAUGCUGGGCCCAUUCCUCCAGCUCCUACAUUUAUUUUCCCCUCUAGUCCAGAAGAGAUUGAUGCCAAUAUAGAACCAUCAGGUUUUCAUUGCCUAAAUACCGUCUAUGAAACAGAUUUUGAAAAUGAACAAGGAAGUUCUUCCCUUCCAGACCGCAGCUGCAAUGUAGAGCGACCAGACAUCUCAAGUCCAAAUGAGGAGGUUAGAAACAAUAGAGAGGCAGAGGGUGCCUUUUUACAAUUCAGACGUUCUCCCAAUCCAAGCACUGGUCAAGAAUCAACAGACUGUAAGAAUGAAGGAGUAAGUCUCCCAAAGUGUGAUGUUGAUCAAGAAAGGGCAGUGACACCAACAUCAGACACCAGCUCCAUCAGUCCUCACCCAGAAUAUGAUGUUCUCAGAAAUCCAUGUGAUGAUUUCAGUCCACCUCAAAAUGCCCAAACUGUGUCUAAUGACACUCACAAGAGUAGCGUGAAAGCCCAAACUUAUGGAACAGGGAUGAAGAGGAGGAAGUGGUGCUCACGUGUCCAUAAUCAGGUAAAUAUAAUUGUUAAAUGA